AUGUCACACGAUAGUGUGAAUGAGGAUGACGAUUGGCCAUCACAUUCGACCUUCAAUGAUGCUUGGAACAGUUUCGCGUCGAUUAGCAAACUUCUGCUCUGUUUUAUUCCUUCGAACGUUAAGCCGUCUCUCCGAAUAUAUAACUUGCGUCAAGCCUCAACUUUACCUGUAGUCACCGUUCAUCCUACAAAUAUAAGAAAUCCUCCGCAAUGGACACCGAAACAGACUGCGAUUGUUGCGUCACUGAUAAGGCGAUAUUUCGCGACUUCGUAUAGUUUUAAUACGUACAAUAUUGUGAAGGAAUUGGAAGAGAAGGGAUUUACCAGAGGACAGUCUGUGGCUAUAAUGAAGUGCUUUAGAGCUUUAUUAUUAGAUACGUCUACAACACUAAAGUCGCAGAUGCUUGCAAAAUCUGGAUUGGAUAAUGAACUAUAUCUCUUCCGCGCAGCUCUUAGCGAGCUUAGGACAGAAAUGCAGAUUUUACGUAAAAACGAUACCGCUGCUCUCCUCUCCCAAACGUCCCAAAUCCAACGAGAUCUCAAUGCGAUCUCCCGCCGCAUGACUGACGAUAUUGCAACAUUGAAAAACGAGAUGCAGAUCGAUUUCAAUAAUCGAAGGGACGAUAUAAGGCUUGACCAGAAGAAAAUGCAGUUAAAAUUGGAAGAAAUGAAUAAUCGGUGUAUGAUUGCUUUAGGGGAAAUAAGAACGGCUGUUGAGGCGCUCAAGUGGGAGACUACGAGGAAAGGAAUAAGUGAGUUAAAGGGAGGUUGA